UGAGUGACCUGCAGGAAGAAGGCAAAAAUGCCAUCAACUCACCGAUGUCCCCUGCCUUGGCGGAUGUUCACCCUGGAGACACCCUGCUAGAGGAGAACGAGGAGCGCACGAUGAUCGACCCCACCUCCAAGGAAGACCCCAAAUUUAAGGAGCUGGUCAAGGUUCUCAUUGACUGGAUUAACGACGUCCUGGUGGAGGAGAGGAUCAUCGUGAAGCAGCUGGAGGAGGACCUGUACGACGGCCAGGUGCUGCAGAAGCUCCUGGAAAAACUGGCGGACCGCAAGCUGAACGUGGCUGAGGUGACACAGUCCGAAAUAGGGCAGAAACAGAAGCUGCAGACAGUGCUGGAAGCCGUGCGAGACGUGCUACGGCCCCACGGCCGGGCGCUCCAGUGGAAUGUCGACUCAAUUCACGGGAAGAACCUGGUGGCCAUCCUGCACCUCCUUGUGUCCCUGGCCGUGCACUUCAGGGCCCCGAUCCGCCUUCCCGAGAACGUCUCCGUGCAAGUGGUGGUCGUGCGGAAGCGGGAAGGCCUUCUGCAUUCCAGCCACAUCACGGAGGAGCUGACCACGACCACGGAGAUGAUAAUGGGUCGCUUUGAGCGCGACGCCUUCGACACGCUCUUCGACCACGCCCCGGACAAGCUCAGCGUGGUGAAGAAGUCGCUCAUCACGUUUGUGAACAAGCACUUGAACAAGCUGAAUUUGGAGGUGACAGAACUGGAGACCCAGUUUGCAGAUGGCGUGUACCUGGUCCUGCUCAUGGGCCUUCUGGAAGACUACUUUGUCCCCCUGCACAACUUCUACCUGACCCCGGACAGCUUUGACCAGAAGGUCCACAACGUGGCAUUUGCCUUCGAGCUGAUGCUGGACGGAGGGCUCAAGAAACCCAAGGCUCGCCCUGAAGAUGUGGUGAACCUGGACCUCAAGUCCACCCUGCGGGUCCUUUACAACCUGUUUACCAAGUACAAGCACCUGGAGUGACGGACGGCGGGGGCACGGAGACGGCGGGGGGCUCAGAGACGGUGGGGGGCACGGCGACAGAUGGCAGCAGUGGGGGCUCUGCUGUGUUGCCCUGGCCAGGAGGCACCUCCACUUCCCCUCCAAGCCCGUGGUUAUCCUCCGACUGUCCCCUGUCCGCCCCCUCCCGCCCCCCUCCCCCUCCCCCUCCCCGGCAUGGACAGGAUCCUUCGAAAUGUAGGGUUCAGACACCGGUGCUUCACCUGGGGGUCUGCUGGGCGCUGAGUCACUUCUCGGCCUCCAUGCAAAGAUGAAAAAGAAAAGCAGAGGCCCAACCCCUCAGCCCAUGUGGGGGGCGCCCCGUGUGCUGUAGCAAUUAGCGAUCACAGGCGAUCGUUCUGGGGCGUCUCCGGGUGGGGCUCUCCUCAGAAGUGAGGGCGUUUUAGUAAAAAGCGUUUUGCAGUUUUAAAAACUUCCCUCUGAAGUCCCGGAAGGUUUUGAUGUGACCAGUGUCCCCCCCACCCCGCAUUCCUUUCACUUCCUGCCACUCGGUGCUUUUUUCGUUUUGCUUUUGCACAAACACCUCUACCCCAGGAUGACCCCGCCCACCGGCCCCAGAAGGAAGGAUUUGCUGAGGGCCAUUCUUGAUUUCUUGCCAUGCCUGAGCUGGGGCGGGAACCAGCUCUAAAAUCUGCCUGAGACAGCUCCCUCCAGAACUUUCCCGUCUCAGAGGCCCUGUCUGGGAACGGAUGCGUUUUUAGAAAUGUAGUAACGGGUGUGUGCUAGUCUGAUCCGGCUGCUAUGACAAAGUGCCACAGGCCGGGGCUUAGCAGAAAUUGAUGUCCUCACCGUCCUGGAGGCUGGAGGUCCAAGGUCAAGGGGUACGGGGUUGGUUCUCCUGAGGCCUCUCUCCUUGGCUGGUAGGUGGCCAUCUUCUCCCUGUGUCCCCACAUGGUCGUCCCUCUGUCCCCACGUCCGAAUUUCCUCCUCUUAUAAAGACCCCGGUCCUGUUGGAUUAGGGGCACCUCAGCGACCUCAUUUUAACUUCAUCUUCUUUUAAACACCCUGUCUCCAAACACAGUCACAUUCUGAGGUGUCCUGGGGGUUAGGACUUGGGAAGGGGGACACAAUUCAGCCCAUGACAGGGGGACACGAAGGGUCCCCUCCCUCCUCCCAGAGCCCUAGCUUUCUGGAGCCCUGUUGGCACCUCCCCUCGGGGUGCCCUGGAAAAGGAAUGCUGACCCCUCAUGUGGGUGCCACUCACAGUGGCUCAGGAGAAGAGGGGACCCGUCAGCUUGGCCUCAGGCCGGUCCUGCACUGUGUCACACCCACCCCCUCCCCACCCUCCCCGGGAGCCCCCUGCAAGUCAGCCUCCCCCUCCCCCCACCAGCAUCCACCACCACAGCCCGUUCUCGUCUCUUUGAUUUCCGCCUUCCUGCGGUGGAUCAGAGCUGUUGAGUAAGUUGUUAAUAUUAAAUUGAAUACCAACGCUCAAGAUUUAGAAAACAGUUUAAUAUUCUGUCUCAGCUCUGGCUGCUGCUAGGCUGGGGAUGUUUCCAGAAUAGCCGUUCUGAUGGAGGUGGUUUCCCAGCAGGGGGAAGAAAUAAUUAAAACGGCAUUACACUGUCUCCUGCGGGAUGCGGUGACAUUAAAGAGCCGCGUUGACAAAAUAGCUGGGGCUGGAACGUUCUGUGCUGCCUUCCUAACACACAGAAUCACAGCCACCCGGAGCUGCCGGGGGGCCGGUCCACCUGCCUCGCUCACGGGUGGGCUUGGCGAGAGCGAUGUGGAUCCCUGGGGGCCACGGGGGUGGGGGGGGCGGUGGGUGACAAAGGAGACAAGGUUGGGAUUGGAAAAAACAGCCUGGGGAUUUUCAGCACAGGUGGGCAGCAGUGAAGGGCAGGAAGUGGUUACUCGGGGUGGGGGGGCUCAGCAUCCCGGGGCAGUGAGCCCAUUCCAGCCCUGUGUUUCCAGUAGGAGAGUUAGAGAGAGAAUGAGAUAGACGGGCCCUGUGGCCUCCGCCUCUGGCUGUGUGUGUCUCAUUUCCGCCCCCUCGCUGUCCAGUUUGAAUCAGAAUUCAAAGCAUGCCCUGGACGGUGCGUCGACGGGCGGUUCCCAGGCAGAAGGCAGGUGGACUCUCCAUGGCAGUGAUUUCCCCCUCUUGUCAUCGGCCUGUUGUCCCUGUUGGCUUGGGGACAGUGAUUCUCUGGAUGUGAGUUCCGGGGUCUGGGACGUCUCCUCUGUAGGGCGCCCCACGCUGGGGCAUCUACUUGGGGCAACUUGAGCAGCAGAGGCAGCUUUCCUGGGACACUCACUGGGGGCCCCUUGGAUGUAAACGCUUCCCUCUUAGUCCUUAACUGAGGAGAGUUCUGGAACCCGCUUCCCUCCACAGACCCACGUUUUCAGUAAAUUGUUUUUCCCCGAAGAGGGACCCUCGUCCGCAGGAACUAGGUGAAAGCAAGAUCAUUGCGCCUGUGCGGCCCCAGCCCCGCCACGCGGACGCCUCGGGAUCUCCAGGGCCUGAGUGGCCGAGUGGGCCAGGGCCGUGAAAUGCUGACCCCGCUUACCCUUCUCGGUGUGGCGUGUCUCUGAACCCCAGCCCCCCGCUGGCCUUGGGGAGCCUGCCUGCAGCCCUGGUUCCCUUUUAACAGCCACACGGUGUUAUGCAGGCACUGAGCCCAGAGCCCCCCGCACCCCGUUGUCCUAAUUGGAUGCGUCAAAGAGCUGUGUUGUUUUAAAGCGACUGAAUCCUUCCUUCGCCUCCUUCGUGUGCCAGUGUCAUCGUGUCUUUUUAAUUGUUUUAAGCAAUGUUUACUUUGGAUUUAUGGAUGUUAAGUAAAAGCCACUAAAACCCUGGCCGUGUUGUCGCCCAGCUGACCGCGGGAAGCUGACACUUUCAUUUGCCCUGUGGGCCAGCCGGACGUCGCCUAAGCCAGGGACACGAGUUGGGAAAACGCCAUGUGGUGUGGACAGUGUGCUGUUAUUUAUUCCAAUAAAGAACUCGCGAGCACGGGC